AUGGAGCCCAUCGCCAUCAUCGGCAUGGACCUUAAGUUCCCCGGUGACGCCACUGACGCCGAGUCCUUCUGGGACAUGCUGAUGGAGGGCCGCUCGGCCUUGCGUGAGAUUCCUACGGACCGGUUUAAUGUGUCAGCCUUUUACCAUCCCGACCCUGAGCGCGCGGGCUCUCUCAACGUUACCAAGGGUCACUUCCUCAACGGAGACAUCGCGGCCUUUGACGCGCCAUUUUUCUCCAUCACGCCGGCCGAGGCCGCAGGCAUGGACCCCCAGCAGCGCGGUCUCCUCGAGUCGACAUACCGUGCGCUCGAGAAUGCCGGCCAGCCGCUGGAGAAGGUCACGGGCUCCAAGACUGGCGUCUUCGUUGGGUGCUUCACCCGCGAGUACGAGGCCAUCAUGUUCAAGGAGACGGAGACGCAGCAGCGAUACUUCGCCACGGGCACAGGGACAACCAUGCUCGCGAACCGGCUGAGCUACUUCUAUGAUUUGCGUGGCCCCAGCGUCAGCCUCGACACGGCGUGUUCGAGUAGCCUUGUGGCGUGUCACCUCGCGUGCGCGAGCCUGCGGUCCGGCGAGUGUGACACGGCACUCGCCGCCGGCUGCAACCUCUUUUAUAACCCAGAUACUAUCAUCCCACUGACAGCCCUGGGAUUCCUGUCGCCCGACGGCCGAUGCUACAGCUUCGAUAGCCGUGCCAACGGCUAUUCACGCGGCGAGGGCUUCGGCAUGGUGGUGCUCAAGCGGCUUAGCGACGCUUUGCGCGACGGCGAUACCGUCAGGGCCGUGAUCCGGGGGUCCGCAAGCAACCAGGACGGGAGGUCGCCCGGCAUUACACAGCCGACACGCCAGGCUCAGGUCGACCUUAUCCGCGCCGCUUAUGACGCCGCCGGCCUGGACCUUACGCGGACGCGCUUCUUCGAGGCCCAUGGCACUGGCACCCCGGUCGGUGACCCCAUCGAAGCCAGCGCUAUUAGUGGUGCCUUCUCAGAGCACCGUUCCGCCGCAGAGCCUAUGGUUGUAGGCGCUGUCAAGACAAACAUCGGUCAUCUUGAAGGAUCCGCAGGCAUCGCAGGCCUCAUCAAGACGGUACUUGUGUUGGAGCACGGUGUUGUUCCUCCCAACACGUGGUUCGAAAAGCCUAACCCCAAGAUCCCCGUCGACGAGUGGCAUCUUCGGUUCCCGACCAAGCCUCUGCUGUGGCCGGGUGAGGGUCUGAGGCGUGCUUCCGUCAAUGCUUUUGGCUACGGUGGUAGUAAUGCACACGUCGUCCUCGAUGAUGCUCUCCACUAUCUCCAGGAGCACGGCCUCAGAGGGCGACACCAUACCGCCAAGAAGGCGACCCUGAAGAAGGCCCUUACCAACGGACAUGCCGCCAACGGCGUCAACGGCCAUGGGACGAAUGGUGUCAAUGGCCAUGAAGUCAAUGGCCAUGGUCAUAGUGCCAUCACUCAACCGCGUGCCUACAUCUUCUCAACAUUUGACCAAGACGGAGCGGCCCGUAUCGCGUCAACGUACCAGACCUUUCUCUCCUCCCGCAAGACGGUCCAGCCGCCGUCGCCAAACUUCCUUUCGGAUCUAUCGCACACACUCACACGCCGCACCGCCUUCCCCUGGCGAUUCUCCGUCGUCGCCAACAGCGUCGAUAAUCUCGUCUCUCGUCUCGCGGCCAACCCCUCACCAACCCGCGCCGCCUCAGACCCCCAGCUCGCCCUCGUAUUCACAGGCCAGGGUGCUCAGUGGCACGCCAUGGGUCGUGAGCUUUUGACCUCCAAUCCCGUCUUCAGUGCCUCCCUCUUUGCUGCCGACCGCUACCUGCGCGGCAUCGGCUGCGCCUGGUCUCUUGUUGGCGAGCUUCUACAGGACGAGUCAAGGUCUCGCGUCGCCGACGCUGCCUUUAGCCAGCCACUCUGUACGGCGCUCCAGGUUGGGCUUGUCGAUGUGCUUGCCACUUGGGGUGUGCGGCCCGCCGCCGUGCUCGGGCACUCUUCAGGCGAGAUUGCGGCCGCGUACGCCGUGGGCGCCUUGUCGCGCGAGGCGGCGUGGCGUUUGGCAUACCAUCGUGGUGCCCUGUCGUCGGCGCUUGCUACAACCACCGGGAGCGACCAUCGCCGAGGCGGCAUGGCAUCUGUGGCCAUGACCGCCGAGGAUGCGACUAGAUACCUCGGUGACAAGCUUGGGGUUGCGGCUGUUGGGCGGGACAUUGUCGUGGCGUGCGUCAACAGCCCUCGCAAUGUGACCAUCAGCGGCAAUGCUGAGAGCGUCGACAAAAUCCAAAAGGCCCUCGAGGCUGAUGGCGUGUUCGCGCGCACGCUCCAAGUGAACAACGGCUACCACUCGCCGCUGAUGGAACCCAUUGCUGAGGCCUACCGCGCAUCGAUCGGUUGUCUCGACACUGUCGAUGUUGAAGAUGAGAAGAGCCGUCCUGUCUUCUACUCGUCUCUCACCGGAACAACAGCCUCCAUAGCAGACCUCCAAAGCCCUGCAUACUGGGUCCAGAACCUCACUUCGCCUGUACAGUUCUCAAAGGCAUUUGCUCUCAUGUGUUCGAGUGCAGGACCACAGUUCAAGAAGCUGGGCUCUCGCGGCGCAGCCCAUCAGCAGCAGCGGCCUAAGAUUAGCGAUGUCCUCGAGGUCGGGCCACACGCCGCCCUACGCGGGCCCAUCAGGGAGAUUCUCGACCUCGCGCCGCAGGUGACGGCUGUCGGCUAUGAAUCGAUCUUGCGCCGCAACACGUCGGCCACCGACACGGCCCUGACGGCGGCUGGCUGGCUGUGGUGUCGUGGCCACUCCAUCGACGUGGCAACGGCCAACGACGCGGCCCAUGAAGACAAUCCUAUUGCUUCUAGUCGCCUCCUCACUGAGGCGCCCGGCUACCCCUUUAACCACGCCAACCGGUAUUGGAAUGAGAGCCGCAUCAGCCGUGGCUACCGCUUCCGCCAGGCCAUCCGCCACGAGCUUCUCGGUGCCCCAGUGCCCGACUGGGACCCGGCGCACGCCGUGUGGCGAAACUACCUCCGCCUCGUCGAGAACCCCUGGGUCAAGCACCACCGCAUCACAGGUGCCACCAUCUACCCGGCAGCCGGCAUGCUCGUCAUGGCCAUUGAGGCUAGCCGCCAGACAGCCGACCCCUCGCGCGUCGUUCGAGGCUUCCGCAUCCGCGACGCCCGCUUCGCCGUCGCUUUGCGUGUGCCCUCCUCCCAGACGGGCAUUGAGACGCACUUUUACCUGCGCCCUGCACCCCGCGAUCACCCUGACACGGCGCUGCAGAGUGUGCGUGAGUUCGCCUUGAGCAGCUACGAGGGCGGCGAGUGGCACGAGCACUGUCGCGGCCUUGUCGUCACCGAGUACGAGCAGCCGCCCACGGCCGUUGACGGCGGGCGCGAAGAGUCGUCUUUCAGACAGGCAUGCCUCGAGACCUUGGCACGCGUAGAGGCCGAGGUCAGAGUUGAGACAUCGUUCCGCCAGCUCUACGAGCACCUGUCGACCGUCGGCCUCGAUUUCGGUGCUACGUUUCAGACACUACGCGACAUACGCUGUGGACACGAUGUCGGAGCUGCCGUCGCCACGGUUGAGCGCCAGGAUCUCGAGGGCCUUAUGCCCCUGGGCUACCUACAGGAGCACCUUGUGCACCCCACCGUCCUCGACGGCAUUCUUCAAAGCAUCAUUGUGUGCUUGACAAAGGGCGGCCGAGAUAUGAACCAGGUCAUGGUCCCCUCCGAAAUUGGAGAUAUCUGGGUUUCGGCAUCGCCCACGGCCAAGUUCGAAUCGGUACGCGUCACCUGCGAAGGUUCGUUCCUCGGUAUGCGCCAGGCUGAGGCGCGAAUCGUCGGCGUUGACGUGGUCACCGGGGAGCCAGUCUGUACUGUUGAUGGUUUUGUCAUCACCUCCGUCGCACGCGCCGAGACGAGCGCCGAAGCGGCAGCCUCAGCAGCGGGCAGGCGGCUCUGCUUUGACCUCGACUGGAAGAUUGAUCCAGCAUUUGUCGACCAAAGGGUCGCGAAUGACGUUUUCCAGCCUGAUGCCGCGUAUGGCCCCACGCCAGAACAGGCACUGCUCAUCGAAAAUGUCGAGAUGAUGUGCUAUCUAUACAUCAGACGCUACAAUGACGCUUUCCUGUCGAGCCCUGAGCAGGAGGCGAGUCAGCGAAAGAACAGCAAGGUUGGCCACCACGCUCAAUACUUUGACUGGAUCAAGUACCAGUUGGAAAAAUAUGAGGCUGGCCAAGUGGCCCAUGCCAAGGCCGAAUGGCGACAGCGCGCUGCCGACGAUGAAUAUGUGACGCUUAUGGAGAGCAAGCUCCUCGAAGAGGGCUCGCCUGAGGGUAAACUCGUCGUCAGCGUUGGUCGUCAGCUCCCAGCCAUCUUGGCGGGCGAGGCUGAUGCCCUCGAGCUACUUUUCCAAGACAAACUCGUGGAGAACGUGUACCGGUCUGGCGUCGGCGCCGAGCUGGGCUACCGUCGAAUGGUUUCUUACAUCGAUGCCAUGGCUCACAAAAACCCUGCCAUGCGCAUCCUCGAGAUUGGCGCCGGCACGGGCGGCGCCACUCGUCCUAUCCUCGAGUGUCUCACGACGCAGGACACCCCACGCUUCAGCCACUAUGCCUUCACCGAUAUCUCCAUUGGCUUUUUCGAGAAGGCUCGCGACAUGUUCGACAAAGAUGCUGGCGGACGUAUGAGCUUCCGCGCUCUCAAUGUUGAGGCAGACCUUGCAGACCAGGGCUUCGAGAACGAAGACGAUCAGUACGACCUGAUCGUCGCCGCCAACGUCAUUCACGCAACCAAGAGUCUCCAAAAGACGCUCACAAACGCCCGUAAGCUGCUCCGGCCUGGUGGCAAGCUGAUGCUGUAUGAGAUGACAAACACGGAUAUGAUCCGCACUGGCUUCGCCUUUGGGCUGCUGCCCGGCUGGUGGCUGUCCGCCGAGGAUUUCCGCAAGUACACACCCCUAGCGAGCCCCCAAGACUGGUCUGCAAUGCUCAAGAAGAGCGGAUUCAGUGGCAUCGAUGUUCAAAUGUACGACUUCCCUGAUCACCGACACCAGAUGGUGAGCGUGCUUAUCUGCAGCGCCGAAGGCGGGCCAGCAAGUUUUACAGCCGGGUCCGGGCCCCCUACGACCUCCAACACUUCGUCAGAAGCUCUCACCAUUGUCGUCAGCGACUCGCCCUCUAGCUCGUCCCUGCAGAUGACCGUAGCUGAGAAUCUGAAAAGAUCGGGCAGUACCGGUUCCAAGAUUGUCGGCCUCCGGGACUUUGCAGCCCUCGAUACCCGAGAUGUUCAACAACGUCGGUGCAUCUUCCUCGGAGACAUUGACUCGGACUUCCUCGAAAACGUGCAAGGUGAUGAGUACAAUGCCUUGCAGAGGCUGAUAUCAACCGUCAAGACGCUGCUCUGGGUGAAUCAGGGAGGUGGACCCUUGCCCGCGAGCCCAGGCGCCGACAUGGUCACGGGCUUCGCGCGGUGUAUGCGCGCCGAGAAUCCAGGCCUGACCAUGAUGACACUCUCGCUGGAAAGCGCCAGCAAUAUCGACUCUUCGAUUUCCACCAUCUUGCGCGUUCUUCAAGCAUCUGGUGGCGAGAACAGCUUCUUCGCGAGCAAUGGCGGUUCCAUACUCAUCCCCCGCAUCACCGAGGCCACCCGCAUGAACGAAGUUAUCGCCGCCAAGGCAAAGGGUGGUGCCUCUUCCACCGUGACAGAGACGUGGGCGGCUGCCACUUCUGGCAGGGCGCUCAAGCUCGCUUGCGAUACGCCAGGCCUUCUCGAUACGCUGCAGUUCCGUGACGAUCCCCUUCAAGAGCAGCCCCUGGGCUCUGAGGAUGUCGAGGUACAGGUGCACGCCACUGGUUUGAACCUACUUGAUGUCAUGAUCGCUCUCGGCCAGGUGACAGGCGAAGCUUUCGGUCAAGAGUGUGCCGGUGUUGUGACGCGCGUAGGUGACGGCGUCAGUCGCGUUGCCGUUGGCGAUCGAGUGUGUGGGCUGCUGCGCGGCACCUUCAAGAACCUGGCGCGUGGCACGCAGUGGCAGUUUGUUAAGCUUCCGUCAUCUGUUGACCACGCCGUUGGUGCCGCUAUGCCCGUCGUCUACACCACGGCUUACUAUGCACUCCACGACCUGGCGCGAUUGCAAGCUGGUGAGAGCGUGCUAAUCCACUGGGGUGCUGGUGGCGUCGGACAGGCGGCUAUUCAGCUGGCCAAGAAGAUUGGCGCCGACGUUUUCGUUACGGUCGGUUCACUGGAGAAGCGGGACUUCGUACACGAGCACUAUGGUGUUGCGCUCGACCACGUCCUUUCGAGUCGUGACCUGUCGUUUGUUCAGGGCAUCAAGAGGCUGACAGGAGGCCGUGGCGUCGACGUCAUCUUGAACUCGACAUCUGGCCAGACACUGCGGGCGACAUGGGACUGCAUCGCGCCAUAUGGACGUUUCGUCGAGAUUGGAAAGGUUGACAUAUUUGCCAAUGCGGGACUUCCCAUGGCUCCGUUCAAGAAGAGCGUCACCUUCUCUUUCUUCGAUAUUGGCCUUUUGUCGCUCGAACGGGGCCCUCUUUUCGGUCGGGUGCUCCAAGACGUCGUCAAUCUUCUGGCAGAUGGGUCAAUCACUCCGCCGCAGCCGCUGCAUGCGUACACUUACUCCAACAUCCAGGAGGCGUUCAGGAUUAUGCAGGCAGGAACGCAUACCGGAAAGCUUGUCCUCGAGCCUCGUCCCGAUGACUUGGUAACAGUUGAGCCAAGCCGUAAGCCAUCGUACUCAUUUCCCGCCGAUGCCGCCUACGUACUUUCCGGGGGUGGUGGCGGCCUCGGUCGAAGUACAGCACGCUGGAUGGCCUCCCGUGGUGCGAAGAACCUCAUCAUUCUCUCGCGCUCGGGCACGUCACGUCCAGCAACGCAGGAGCUCGUCAACGAGCUCACACAGGCUGGCGUCAACGUUGUGGCUCCGCAGUGCGACGUCUCGAACAGAGAGGCUCUCACAGCUAUCCUUGACGAGUGCGCCGCGACUAUGCCGCCCAUCAAAGGAUGUAUUCAGGGCUCCAUGGUGCUCAAGGACUCUCUCUUCGCCAACAUGACGCAGGAGGACUACUACACGGCGGUGCGUCCCAAAGUGGUGGCUUCACGAAACCUGCAUGAGCUGCUGCCUAGAGAUAUGGACUUCUUCGUGCUGCUCUCGUCGGCGUCCGGCGUCGUCGGUAAUCGCGGCCAGUCCAAUUACUGCAUAGGCAACACGUACCAGGAUGCGCUGGCGCGUCAUCGCGCAGGCCGUGGGCUCCCUGGUGUGGCCGUGGAUCUAGGCAUGAUCCUUUCCGUGGGCUUUGCCGCUGAAAAUCAGGAAAGCAUGGCCAACCUGCGACAGGAAGGCUUCAAUGCCAUGCGUGAGGAUGAGUUCCUAGCUCUGCUGGACAUCCUAUGCAGUCCACCUGAUCUUGACGCCGACGCAAACGGGAGCCCGCAGAUCGCCGUCGGUCUCGAGGUGCCUGCCACGCUGCGGAUCAAGGGCAUCCCAGAGCCUGCCUGGCUGCACGAUCCUCUCUUCCGUCAACUUUACCAGAUCCGUGGCGACAGCGAUGGUCACGGAGAUGGCGAUGGCGAUGGUUCCGCUUCUUCGACAUCCUGCAGCGUCCUGCUCCCCGCAGCGUCGUCGCUCGCCGAUGCGGCGGACAUCGUGGGCACUGCCAUCGUCCAGAAGCUGUGCAAAGCGCUGUCGUCGAGCGAGAGGGACAUUGACACGUCGAAGCCGCUUCACAGUUAUGGCGUCGAUUCUCUUGUCGCUGUCGAGCUGCGCACCUGGUUCAUGAAGGAGGUCGGGGCUGACAUGGCCGUUUUCGACAUUAUGGGCGGGUCCAGCUUGAAGGAGCUGGCUGAGCUGGCUGCCAAGAGGAGCUCCUUCGUCCACCUUGCUGAUGAGGAUGCUGAUGAAUGA